ACGUUCAAGUUUUUGUGUGCCUUGGGUUCCAUCUGGGGCCCCCCAGCUCCAUGCAGUAACCUAGCUCCUCAGCCUACUCUGCACCCCGAGAGGAAGUGGGGCUACCAGCCCCCAUGGGGCAAUGCAACGGCCUCCCAGCCCCAGCUAUAAGAGGGAAGGUGGGAUAGGGUGGGCCAGAGACCCUGGAAUCCUGGCCCCACCAUGACUCAAGGCCACGGAGCACCCAGCCCUGCCCUCACCUAUGUGCUGCUGGCCCUGCUGCUGGGCGGCCCUGCGCUGGCCUCAGACAUCGUGGGUGGCCACCCAGCACGGCCCCACUCCAGGCCCUACAUGGCAUCACUGCAGCGGCUCGGAGGCCACUUCUGUGGUGGGACCCUGAUCGCCAGGAACUUCGUGAUGUCAGCUGCGCACUGCGUGAACGGCCUAAACUUCAGAUCAGUGCAGGUGGUACUGGGUGCGCAUGACCUGAGGCGGAGAGAGCGGACCCGGCAGACCUUUGGUGUCCAGCGGAUCUUUGAGAACGGCUUCGACCCCACGCUCUUGCUCAAUGACAUCGUAAUUCUCGAGCUCAACGGGUCGGCCAGGGUCAACUCCAACGUCCAGGUAGCUCGGCUACCCGCCCAGGGCCGCGGCGUACAGAACCAGGCGCGUUGCCUGGCCAUGGGCUGGGGCCGCCUGGGCACGAACCGCCCGGCGCCGAGCAUCCUGCAGGAGCUCAACGUGACUGUGGUGACGUCCCAGUGUCGCCGCCGCGUCAACGUCUGCACCCUGGUGCCGCAGCGCCGGGCCGGCAUCUGCUUCGGCGACUCCGGGGGCCCCCUGGUCUGCAACGGGCUGGUCCAAGGAAUCGAUUCCUUCAUCCGCGGCGGCUGCGGCUCCGGCCUCUACCCAGACGCCUUUGCCCCGGUGGCAGAGUUCAUAGACUGGAUCAACUCCAUCAUCCGCAGAGGCCAGCAGGACCCCCGGCCCCACCCCAGAGUCCCCAUGAGCAGGACCCUCUAGGAAUGGGCCACUUCUGCCCCCCCACCACGCCUGGUACAAUAAAAGCCCCACUGUUUUGUA